UCUCUCUCUCUCUCUCUCUCUCUCUCUCUCUCUCUCUCUCUCUCUCCCCCGUCCCUCCCUCGCUCCCCCCUUCUGUUUCUUAUUAAAUUCACUUUCAUAAUACAUAACGUACGCGUCUUAAAAAAUAAUACACAAAAGUUGUUCGCCGCCGCGCCUGUCGUCUUUAUUAAUCGUCGUAACUAUAACUACGGGAAGGAUCUUUCUACGUUUGUAUCACGCUCAAAAGCGUGUCUAAUAUGUAGUAUUAUGCGAGAUGUUUGACGCGAAUCUCGUCGUAGUCGUCGUAGCCUCCUCUUACGCAACAGGUCGCGUGAAUAUAAAUACAAACAGUUCGGAUAAAAGUUGAGAGAAGCCGAAUUUUCUCACGUGUUCUCGCCAAAUAUAUUUCAAGGGAAAGACGCAGAGAAAGAGAGAGAGAGAGACAGAGAGAGGAGAGAAAGAGAGAGAAGACAACGAAUAGAAAGAGAAAGGGAGAAAGGCUGAAAGGGAGAUAGAAAAAAAACCACCUUCAAGGCAGACCGUGCAUUUCUAACAAGGGAAAUGUCUGUGACGUUUAAUGUGGACGAUAAAAGAAAAAGAAAGAAGCAGAACCACGAAGGAAGUGAAGAAGAGGUAAAGAGAGAAAGAGACGCAUGUAUAGCGUACCUACGUCUGUGAUAUACCAACCACGAAGGAGGGAGACGAAGAUAUAUAUAUAUAUAUAUACACAUGCAUAUAUACAUAAAGAAGAAAAGUGAGAGAGAGAACGAAAUCGAAGAGAAGAAUUAAGAGAGAGAGUGCGAGAAAGAGAAAGAAAGACGCGCGUCGCGGAUCACGAGAACGCGCGUCCACGACGUUGACGCCGAAACCGAAGAGAAGGUGGAGAAAGAGGACAACGACGACGACGAGGACGAAAAGAACGAAGAGCCGGCUAGUAGUACCGUACGGAUGUGAGGGUGCGCGCGUGGACGAGGUACCUUCUCUCGCGAGAGAGCGCGAGCGUGCCCGGUCUCGCUCGCGCGCACGCGUGUGCGUGUGUGUGCGCGUCGUGAGUAACCUCUCGCCGUCGCCACCGCCGUCGCCACCGCUGCCGCUGCUGCCGGUUGUACCCGUAUCUUCCUUUCUCUCUCUCCCUCGUUGCCGUUGCCGUUGUCGUUGUCGUAGUCAUCGUAUUCGUCGUUGUAGUCGUCGUUGCUGUUGCUGGUGGAUAAACGACGAGGGUACGAAGAGGAGAAGGUGGAGGUAGUGGUGGAGGAGGAGUGAAGGAGGAGGGGAGGAGGAGGUGGAGGUGGAGGAGGAGGAGGACGUUAACGUAGGAGCCGCGUACGUGUACGCGCGUACGAAAUGUCGGAACACCACCGCGUAGCCGGUGGCUGGGCUACGGCCAACCCUGGAAACCGCGAGGAUGCAUCCGGCGGUGCCGCUUGGUGGCCUUCCGGCAUGAACGCCGUCUCUGCUGCCGAACAGCAACAACAGCAACAGCAGCAGCAAGCACAGCAGCAACAACAAAACCUCCAUCAGCAUCUGAUGAAUCAGCAGCAGCAGCUCAAUCAGCAGCAGCAGCAAGCACAGCAACAACAACAGCAGCACCAUCAGCAACAACAGCACCAACAACAGCAGGACAUUGUCAGAAGUACUGCUGCGGGGACGCAGCAGCUUUUCUCCUAUAAAAUGGCAUCCAGCUUUCAAAAUCCGGCAACGACCGGUACGCAAUCGAGCCCCGUCUCGACGUCGACGCCUGUUGGCUCCUGCAUGAGGGGUGGCUACGACUUCAGACUCGGCAACGCUCCCGGAUCGGGCGGCGGUGGCGUACCCGGCACUCCGUCCGCGCCACCGCCCGGCGUACAGUGGUGGUAUCCAGGCGGUGUUAUGGACGCGGCCGCUCAGAACAACCUUCAUCAACAGUUGCAGUCGCAGCAGCAACAACAGCAACAUCUAUCGCCGAUUACCACGCAAACAUCUACGCCCCCCGUCAUGUCGCCGGUAUGUUCGACGAUCGCGUCGUCUUCUUCUUCUUCUUCGACAACGAUCGACUCUACAUCGUCGUCUCACGCACGCUCUUUCUCUUCCCAUCCCCCCACCCCGCCCAACGCUCUUUUUCACCCCGUAUCUACCCAACUUCUCUUCCAUCCGCCUUUCUUGCUUCCAUCUUUUCGCUUUUCUCUUUCCUUCCUUCCUUCCUUCCUUCCUUCCUUUCUUCCUUUCUUCCUUCCUUCUUUCCUUCCUUCCUUUCUUUCUUUUUCUUUCUUUCUUUCUUUCUUUCUUUCUUUCUUUCUUCCUUCCUUCCUUCCUUCCUUCCUUCUAACUUUCACGUUUCUACCCCGUUCACCGUCAUAUUUUCGCGAAAAAGAAACGAAAAGUAAGGGAGGCUUUCGCGUAGCAGGCUUCGCGCGUAGAUCGAUCGUAGCGAAUUACGCAUGAAGCUCGCACGCUCGCUCUUUCACUCGCUCACUCGCUCGUUCGUUUUUUCGUUCGUUCGUUCGUUCGUUCGUUCGUUCGUUGCUCGCUCGCUCGCUCACUCACUCGCUCGCUCGUUAGUAGCUCGCUUGUCCGAUCGAUCGCGCGCUUCGUAACUUCACAACCGAAGCUUCUCUCUCUUUCUGGGUCUCCUGACGCCGUUGUUAUUACCUAUCAUGCUCGAAGCCACUAUCGUUUUCCAUACGUUUUUCUUCUCUUUUUCAUUAGUUAGUUCGUUCGUUCGUUCGAUUGUUCGUUAUCAUCGUUCCUUCUCGUUUCCCUUCUCGCGAUCGUUUUUCUACAUUGAGGAAAUCAUUUUCAAUUUUUUUUCUGUUCUUUUUUUAAAUUUUCUUCUUGUUUUGUUCUUCCUUUUUGUUUUUUUUCUCUUCUUAUUUUUUUUCCUCUUUAAAACGCCCGCUCAAGAGGACGCGCGAGAUUCCGAUCGUAAAAAGGAUCGUGAGGGAGGCUCUCGGUAGUUACUGUCGCCGUUGGAAAACUGGUUUGUUUAGG